AACAGUAAGUGAAAAAACGUAAAUUUCAACGGUUUUCUGUCGUGCAAUCGAGAUCCAACCGUCUGACUUAAAAAAUAAUCGUGUUCUGAAGCAAGUCGCAGAUACCUACCUCGGAUCACAGAGACCCGAGCAAUUUUCUCUUUGUUUUUUCGCUCCUUUUUUGUCGGUCGCCAAUAGUGAUCGGACAGAUGAAGAAGGGCGCGCCGUGAUAGAAAAAAAAAAAAAAAAAUUUCUAAAAAAUUACAUCUACUGUUUGACGGGGCCGAAGGAAAUAAGAAAGUCUUUUAUACGGUGUAAAUUUCGGAAAAGUAAUAGUGUUAAAUUUUAUCAAUGAUAGAAGACUGUCUCGUUUAUUUAAUUUCCGCAAAAUACGCAUCGUCUCUCCGCUUGUUGCAUACGCGAUGUUGACGCGCGUACGUUUAUACACAUACGUAUGUAGAUGAGUAAAAUAAUAGCUGCCGGCGUGGUGCGAAUGACUCGGUGACGUCUAUCUCUCCAACGAAUGACAGGCUUCUGAUUUCUCGACCGACCGAUGAAGCCUGUUAGAUUGAAAAAUAAUGCCAAGUAUCUGUCAUGAACGUGAAUGGAGGUAGUAAACGACCUCUGGUAGUUUUACGAGAGGUGAGAGAAAAUGGGGAGACGAGAGAAAAUCGCCUGGACUACUGCGGUGACGGUUGCAUUUCUGGUGAUUGCACUGAGGUCCAGUCGCACGAAACAACCUUCGAUAAUCGUCACAAGAGAGUGCUCAUCUCAUCUGAUUCGUCAAAGUCUGCCGACAAAUUGGCUGAGAGUAAUCGGCCCGGUAUGGGAAAGGAUUCAAACCCAUUUUUCAACCCUUGCAAGAACGAUCAUCCAGCCCGAGAAAUGAUGAAAGAAGAUGCGAAAGUUGUCUUAUUUCACUCGGAUAUUCCCCACGCAGAGAUCGACGACGUGGAUUCGAAAAAAGGGGAGGAUGAGAAACCUCCAAAGACGGCAAAAAAAAAGAAACGAAGAUUUCUGACGAUUUGUACGAGCAACUGUAAGUACGAAGUUGUGAGAAGAGUCGCGGCGCGAUUUGGAAUGAAAGAAGUGACGGAGGACAGCAGCUGGAAUUUGUAUUGGACGGAUCUGAGUGUCAGCAUAGAACGAGCCAAAGACAUGAAGCGUUUUCAAAAAGUUAAUCAUUUCCCCGGGAUGACGGAGAUAUGCCGGAAAGAUUUACUCGCCAGAAACCUUAAUCGGAUGCUCAGACUUUUUCCAAAAGAUUACAACUUCUUUCCGAAAACGUGGUGUCUUCCUGCCGAUCACGGAGAAGCGAUUUCGUACGCCAAAGUGCGAAGAACCAAAACCUUCAUUGUGAAACCGGAUACUGGAUGUCAAGGACGCGGUAUAUACUUGACCAAAAAUUUGAAGGACGUUAAACCGUACGACAGGAUGAUUUGUCAGGUUUACAUAUCGAGACCAUUUCUCGUCGAUGGAUUCAAGUUCGAUCUGCGCGUUUAUACCUUAAUAACUUCGUGCGACCCCCUGAGAAUUUAUAUUUACAAUGACGGUCUCGCAAGGUUUGCUACGAGUCGUUACAAGGAACCAACUGGUCACAAUACCUCGAACGUUUUUAUGCAUCUAACCAAUUACGCGGUGAACAAACACAGCCGUAUGUACAUCGUUGACGAUGAAGCUGGAAGCAAGAGAAAAAUUUCAACCCUCAACAAAUGGCUGAAAAUGAAAGAGGUAGACGUCGACGAGUUGUGGUCGAGAAUCGACGAGGUCAUUAUAAAAACGGUACUGGCUGCGUAUCCGGUUCUCAAGCACAGCUAUCACACUUGUUUUCCAACCCACGACACGACUUACGCGUGUUUCGAACUUCUCGGCUUCGACGUUCUUCUCGACUGGAAAUUGAAGCCGUAUCUGUUAGAGGUAAACCAUUCACCGAGCUUUCAUACCGACGCCCAAAUUGAUAAAGAUAUCAAAGAAUCUCUGCUGAUCGACACGUUUGACAUACUGAAUUUUCAACAAUGUGAUAAAAAGAAAAUCAUCGAAGAGGAUAGAAAGAGGGUCAGGGAAAGACUGCUUCAGGGAAUAAAUUCCAGAGAUUCUAGCCUAAACGACGCGGUAUCGUCAGGUGUAGGAAAAUGUGAGAAGCCAGAGGAAAGCGCAGUUGAGAAACAGUACAAAUGGGAGGACGAGCAUUUGGGAAAUUUCAGAAGAGUCUAUCCAGGCCCAGGCACCGAGAAAUAUGAUCCCUUCUUCAAGCAGGGUGGAAGCUCAAUGUUUCAAGACACAGCUGCGUCCAGGGCUCGCGAAGAGGCUGCCAAGGUGCACAGAGAAGAAGCAGAGUUACGGAUUAAGGAGCAGGAGGGUAAAAGGAUGCUUGGCAAAUGGAGCGAUCGCAGACUGCGGCCCGAAAGUCCUGUGAGCAAUAAAAAAUCAGCAGCUGUUAUAAUCGGCCAAGACAAGAGCAAGCCAAAAGUUUUGGCGAAAAAGAUGAAAAAACCAGCUGCGAUUCAAUUUACUGAGAAUAAUCUGUACUCUUUUGAACCUGAGAUAAUUUGCGAGUCCGAGGAAAGGGAUCGUAUAACCGCUUUGGCGCAGCGUGAUUUUUUGAUAAAAAGCUACGGCAUGUUAGAGCAAAUAUAUUUGGCUAUGAAAAAGAACGGCACCUUGCGACCGGAGGAUGAAAAAAAAUACGGACUCUACGGAAAACUUGGAUACAUGAAUGAUAUCUCGUUGAAUGGGUCUGCUCUUGGUCAAAAAUCGUACUAUUCUUACCAGAAUAUAUCGGUGAAAAAACCUGCAAGGUUUCAACCGAUGGCAAACCAAAGUGCCGAAUACAUGUUAAAAGUAGUAAAGGGCUCGAAAAAGUCUGUAGUGACGUAAAUGGCAAGAUUGUUUAUUAUUACUACAAUACCCGUGUUCGUGAAUAAGACAAAAUUUUCAAAUGGUACGAGAGAGAAGAUAUUAUAUACAUAUGUAUGUGCAAAACAGUAAGGUGUAUCUUGGAUUACAAAUACACCGUAUACACGUCUUGGAAAUAUCUCGGAUAAUUGUAAAGGUGAAGUUGAUAUUUAUUUAAACCAGCCACAGUCGUGCCGAGUUUAGAAUAGUCAAAGUUUACUUGAUAGUUUUUAUUUUAAAUAUUCAACGUCAUUGCCUGAACGCAUGUAUAAUGGGUAGUCAAAUUGCAAGUAAAAUUUUCCCUAUGUUUCAUGCGUUAUAAUUAUAAUCUCAGUAAAAAUACAAUUCGCUUGAUUCUCACUCAAAAACUUGGUACGUACAUCGAAUUUAAGGAAUAUUAACCGGACGUCGUUUUAUUUAUUCAUCUAGUAUCGAUUAGCAGGCUCUGCAAACGGAUACAAAAAUGGGGAUAAAUGUGAGUUAGAAUUAAUUUUUGUAAUUACAAACGACAAGUUCACACGUACUCAAGUAUUUUUCGCGUCCAGGCUUAACAGAAAUAUAUGAUAACACAAUGCCAAUAAUCAUAAUGAUUAGAAAUGGAAAAUUGACGGUAGAUAUAAUCCGCCCUGUAUGCACAGGUUUAAAAAUAAUGUGCAACGAGGCACCGGUUUACGUGAGACCGGAUAUCCCGGAAAAAUUUUGGAUCGAAGAGUUGAAUGCAAACGAACGAGACGCGAGAAUCACAAAAACUCAUAUGGCUAGAACAUUGUCAAACGCCG